AUGAGGCAGUUCCCGAAUGAGCCACUCAUACGAUUCUUCGAUAUUGGCUACACGGAGGCGAUCAUGCUGAACGAUGUCAAAACUACCCGAGAAGCUCUGCAAUCGCAAUGUUACAAGCUGGUAAAACCGAAUUUUGUAAGACGGGUGCUGGGCGAGAUUAAUGGCACCGGGGUCUUCUUCGAGGAGGGCGAAUCCCACAAGCGGCAACGCAGAUUACUGACGGGGCCUUUCUCGUACGGAAGCAUCAAGGAGAUGUUGCCAUUUUUCGACGAGAAAGCACAAGAGCUGGUUGGCGUUCUCCGUACGUCGAUCAGGCGUAAGGGCGACGAACUGGUUGAAUUGAGCUCACUGUUCUCCAGUGUAACCCUGGACAUAAUCACACUGGCUUGUUUGGGACUACGGAUGCACAAUAUGACAGAGCCUUCACCAUUUGCGCUGGCGUACGCUAAGGUUUUUGAAAACACCCCAUGGUCAGCUAUAAUGCACACUCUGAAUGUUUAUAUCCCCAUCCGCAAACUGGUGCCCGUCAAGGCGAAUCGUGAAUUUUUGCAGGCCAACCAAACCGUGAGAGAUCUUCUCAGACAGCAAAUCCGCAAUAAAAGGGCAUCUUUGGAAGGAAAAGAAAAGGCAGCGAUAACAGAUAAAGACCUGCUGGCAUUGAUGAUCAAGGAAAGAGGCCAAGGUGCAGAGAUCUGGACCGAAGACGAAAUGUUGGGUCACGUAACGAAGCUGAUAUUGCUCUCAGGGCACGAAACCACAGCGGGCACUCUGACGUUGACAGCCCAUACCUUGGCCAACCACAGAGAUAUUCAAGACAGACUCCGGAAAGAAAUGACCCACUACUUCCCCUCCGGCGCCUCUCUCGACGUUGCGACGAUAGAUAAAAUGCCAUAUCUAAAGAACUUCUCUCAAGAAAUCCUGCGUUUUUACGCGCCAGGCAUCGUGAAUUGGAGAGAAGUGGCAGAAGACAUUGUUUUAGCGGGCACAAGGAUCCCCAAAGGUACAAUCAUCCACAUCGCCCCUGCAGCUCUUCAUCACAAUGCUUCCAUCUGGGGUCCCACGGUGGACGAGUUCGAUCCUGACCGAUGGGACAACAUAUCUGGUGAUGCGAAGGAUCCUUUCGCUUUUGGCUCCUUCCACAAUGGCCCUCGUAUUUGCAUUGGGAAGUCCUUCGCACUCCUUGAGUACAAGGUCAUACUGAUCCGAUUACUGCAAAAUUUUGUGUUCGAGGAUCCAGAACAGAAACCACUCGAAUUCGAACGAGGUGCUGUAAGUCUGCGACCAACAGGCGGAAUGCACCUGAGAGUACAGCCGAUAGACAACAAAGGACAGGAAUGA